AAACCUUGAAAAAAAAUCGCCUUCACAGGCGAAAACAUCAGGCCGUAAAAAUUUCACAUAUAAUUUUGAAAUAACAGCCUCUCUGUACCCCUGGGUCUCGUCAAUUGUGGAUAAAAUAACAAGUACGAUAUUCGACAUGGACUUGAAUUUUAUAAAGGACAUUGUCAUAAAGGACGUUGAGGUUCAGUCCAUCGAAGAUGUGGUCGGCGAAGGUUACUCAAGCAACGUUAAACUGAAAGUGAAACUUCACGACGGAACAAUUACAGAGAAAUCAUAUUUUUUAAAAUCCAAGCCAAAAGUACCCAUAAUAAGGAAAUUAAUAGAAAAAUACAGACUAAUGGAAAAAGAAAUAAGCAUGUAUGAAGAAAUGAUUCCGGGCAUGGAAAAGGUAGUAGAGGAAUACGGAGACACAAAUGAAAGAAUCUGGUGCAAUUUACUCGGAUACCGACAUGACAUGAUGAUUCUAGAAGACCUUAGAGAAUAUGGUUAUAUGACUGUCGACAAGAUGGAAUGUUUGGAUUACAAGCACGUGAUACGUUCCGUAUCCACGCUAGGAAGAUUUCACGCCAUUUCUAAGGUAUUUUUCAAAAAAGAUGUCGACGAAGAAAAAAUCAGCAGGUUCAGAAACUACCCGAUGUACGGUGACAGCGUAAUGUUGGAUAUGUUCACUACCGGUGGCCUGAUAACAAUGUCACAAGUUAUGAAAAAAUCUUGGGGGCCUAAAUGGUUAGAUGUUGCAGAUAGAUUAUAUAAGUCUGCAUCACAUACUGAGGAAUAUUUCAAGGAAUUGUUUCAAAAUCGAAAGGAUGAGAUGGAUGUCCUCAACCACGGAGAUCUUUGGUGCUGCAACGUAAUGUUCCAAUACGACUCGCAAAACGUUCCUGUUAAGGCUAAGUUUGUCGACUUCCAGCUGUCGCAUUUUAACUCUUUGGCAUGGGACUUGACUUUUCUGCUUUAUACGAGCGUCAGGGCGUCGGUACGGCGAAAAUCGCUCCCGGAAUUUCUCGACGCGUAUUUCAAAUCCCUUUCUGACACGCUGGACUUUUACGGUUAUGAGGGGCCUAGACCGACAAGAAAGUCGGUUGGCGAAGAGAUGGACAGGUUCAAGUACAUGGGGUUGACGGUGCUCUGCUCGAGCUACACGAAUACUGCCACGAAUGAAAAUAAUUACACCAUGCAACCGUUAUUGCAGGAGAAAGGCCCUCGCCUCUGCUAUUUUCCACAUCUAUACGAAAUUCCUCGGUUCAAGUCUGACGUUCAGGAAGACCUGUUAAACUGUGUAAGAGAAGGAAUUCUAUGAUCCCCUCGAGUAUGAUUUACAACUUAUGAAUUAAUUAUUACUUAUUGUGUUUAUUUUCAUUUAACGAUACCAAUCUUACCGUUACUUACUACUAAAUACUCAUUGAUAAAUACGUUCACAAAUUCACUUGUUAAAUGUUUUCUAUAUAAAGUAAUAUAAAAAAAAUUUCAUAUUUUUCAUUUUUUUUACUUUUUGUAUUUUCUUAAAUUUUUUAUGUUUAUACACAAUUGCUUUUUAUUGUAGUUACUGUAAAGUGAAAUCAUGCAUUGUUUACAAUUUAAUUAAAUUAGGUUAUUGUAUAUCAUAAAAUACAUGUUAAAUUUAAUAAAACUGAUUAAA